ACUACAGAGGAACACCUGAUACUCAUCACAGACUUUGCUUUGAAAAGGCUAAAAAAAAUGUCUGGAAAAAAAUGGGUUCUCCUUGUCGCCGGCUCAAAGAACUGGGAAAAUUACAGACACCAGGCCAAUGUUUGCAGUUUAUAUCAGAUAAUUAGGAAACAUGGGAUUCCUGAUGAGCAGAUUGUGGUGAUGAUGUAUGAUGACAUUGCUAACAAUCCAGAAAACCCAACUAAUGGAACCAUUGUCAGUGUAGUUGAUGACACAGACGUGUACUCAGGAGUUCUGAAGGACUACACUGGAAAGGAUGUGACCCCAAAAAACUUCCUGGCUGCUCUUCAAGGGGAUGCGAGUACAAACAAAAAAGUCAUAAACAGGUUUGUUUGA